AUGCUAGUCAUGACAAAAGGGACGCGUCAUUGCCAGCUUUAUAUAGACAGCAGCUCAACUUCACAUGGUUUCUUGGAAGGGAAGAAUCGCUUUAUAAUUGUAGGUAAAAGCCACAGUCCGAUCAGCAUCAUCACCUACCUAGCCGCGAAACAUCCAAGCACAUUCCGCAAUAUGGCUGAAGCAAUCGGCAUCGCGGCUGGAGCUCUGGCCUUUGCGUCCUUUGCAUACAACAGCGUCAAGAGCCUCGUCGACUUCAUCGAAGCGCUGAACCACGCAAAGCUGCAAGAUGUGCGCCAAGACCUCCGGGUGCUGGCAGGCAUUAUCCGAUCGCUCCAGGCGGAUCUGGAGCGGGCCGACGGCCGCCGGGACCUGAGCGCGAACCAAAAGGAGAGCUUGACACAUAUAAAAAAUGCUCUGGAGGGCUGCAAGAUGCGCUGCGAUGACUUCGGUCAGCAUCUGCGACAGAUCCUUUCGAGUUCAGCGGGUGCUGUCGAAAACGAAAACCUCAGCAAGGUUGAUCGGCUCCGCUUACACUUCAACGAAGGGGUGAUUAAGCUGUUCAGGUCCAACUUGCAGGACUGCAAGUUGACGCUCAGCAUCGCGCUUCAGCAUCUGCAACUCAGGAAAAGUACCGAUGGUGGCAGUGACGGGUCUCUGCGACAGCUCAACGACACGGUGGCAAGGUUCGUAAGCGAAGCUACUGGCCAGUUCGAGGGACUCCAGAAAGCUAUAGAUGUGAUUUCAGCGACUAGCGCCAACAUUUCAAGAACCGACGUCGAUGCUGUUGUAUCGUCGCUGAAUGCCCAAGCAAAUAUGCUCAAGCAGUGUCUACUGGUGUGCGAGGGUGCUCUGAAGGACACAACCACUGCUUCGGUAAAUGUGAGAAAUAACCAGCUCCUUAGCAAGGCACGCAUGAUCGUUGCGGAUGCUGGGGGUGGUCGCAGCGCGGGUUUGUCAAUGCAGGUGGAGGGGUCUAUAGCCAAGGAUGAGAGUCGCAUUUUCGUCAUUACUGGGGCUACCGACAUGGCUGCUUUGUCGCAGUUGUCUGAUCCCAAGUAA